AUGGCGACACUGAACUCGCCGCAAGGAUCUCCAGAAGGACCAACAUCAUCACAUUCUCGGACACGUGAGGACGAGUCUAACGACUCCCCUCCAGUGGUCGAAAGCGACGUGAUUAACACAAACGAGGUGGGUUCGGUGGUUGAACCAUCGGAGCAACAGCUGGAUGAGUGCCCAAUAAAGGGAGAGGAGGCCUCGGCUGGAGAGCAAUCUGACACUCCACCACCACCAUAUUCCGUAUUCCGUCGAUGGCAAAUAUGGUGUAUCGUUGUUCUCACGUCAUGUGCUGCGCUGUUUUCCCCCCUGUCAGCGAACAUAUAUUUCCCUGCGAUUCCGGUAAUCGCCACCGCGUUCAACCAGUCGAUCGAAAAUAUCAAUGUCACCGUCACGGUAUACAUGCUGCUUCAAGGCACGGCACCAAUGGUGUGGGGCAGCUUAGCAGACUGGCACAACUGUGUGGGUCUGGCCCUAACACCCACAUCGGACUAUUGGCUGCUCGUUCUGUUGAGAUGUUUGCAAGCGGCUGGCAGCGCAAGCUCGGUGGCAAUCAGUAUCGGAACAAUCAUGGACAUCGCAGAACCCAGCGAGCGCGGCACGAUGGUUGCAAUGGCGUCAAUCGGCACCCUUGUCACCCCCAGCAUUGGCCCUGUCAUUGGUGGUGUUCUGGCAGGCAAUCUUGGAUGGCGUUCUAUCUUUUGGUUUCUUUGUAUCUUCUCUGGUUCGGUGAUGAUCCUUGAAGUUGUUUUCUUGCCAGAAACUCUCCGUGCAAUCACAGGAGACGGGAGCAUCCCCGCCCAGCGGUGGAACAGGCCAUUCAUUCCCAUACUAAUGAGUGGAGCAAACUACGAAGGGAAGAGUCCCGAUCCAUCAAGAGCGAGUAACCCACUGGAGAUCUUCAAAUGUUACAGGAAUAUCGAUCUAGUUCUCCUCUUGUGGUCCAUUGCUGUCCCAUAUGCGGGACUAUACUGCAUACUAACUACAAUGUCCCCUACCUUCCUUGCGGUGAUGCCUUCCCUCACAGAGAUUGACCUCGGACUGUGUUACCUUGCCACCGGCGUGGGCGGUAUCGCGGGCUCUCUAUGCGGCGGGCGGCUUGUCGAUUGGGAUUUUCGACGAGCAAAGAAGCUCGCUCUGUUGAAAAAGGGAAUCGGGAGCGAGGAGGCUGCACAGAUGGUUGCUAACGCUCGCGGUGGAGCCAAGUACGAGGGGAUAGACAAUGUCGAACGAACAAGGCUGCGACUGAGCCCGAUCUACUGGAGCAUCUACGUCAUCAUUCUUAUCGGGUACGGAUGGGCAAUAGAGCAAAGGGUGCAUAUUGCGUGUCUGUUGGUCCUUCAGUUUCUUGCCAUGUUCCAGCUCACCGCGAUAUUCACUUCCACCCAAACGCUGCUCAUGGAUCUCUUCCCGGGUCGUGGAGCGUCUGUCAGUGCCUCGAACAACCUCGUUCGCUGCCUGACGGCGGCCGUCCUUGUUUCCAUCGUGGACUUCAUCAUCAAUGCUGUCGGAUAUGGGUGGACAUUCACUAUUCUUGGCACGUGGUGUAUCGUCACGUACCCGUUGUUAAUCCUGGAGAUGGCUUGGGGAUGGAAAUGGAGAGAGCGCAGGAGCGAGAGGGAAAAGAAGGAACAGGAGAAGAGUGAGCGUAUGAGUAGCUCAUGAGAUGCACGGGAUACAGCUCUCAUUAGGGAGACGCUGUAGACAUGAGAUUUAUAUCCGUAGACAUGUGCAUAAGGACUUGAAC